AUGAAACGAUUCCACCCCCAAAAUACUGAUAAGGAUCGUAGUAAAGCGAACGUUGACGAAGAUGCAGAUGAAGUAAACAGUUUCAGUUUGGGAAAUUUGCUUUCCAUUUCAUUAUUAACCUAUGAGUCAGCAUGUGCAAUGUUGGAUAAGUCUAACAUAAAUAACAAAACUUAUGCUUUGAUUUCUCAUGAUUUAGCUCUGUGA